CCACGUGGCACGCAGCAACGUAGUCGUCAGAGCCCGCAGUUUCGGAUAGUCGAGGAGGCGUAUUGCUUUCGGGCUCGUGUUGGUGCCUUUCGCCGUGCUUUAGUUCUUUCUCGAUAUUGGAUUGACGCGCAGUGAACAUAGUAUAGGAAGAUGAAUGUUUUUCGGCUCAGUGGGGAUUUGUCCCAUCUCUUUGCGAUCAUCAUCCUUCUGGCCAAGAUAUGGACGUCAAAGUCAUGUGCAGGCCUGUCAGGGCGCUCUCAGGCUCUGUUCCUGGUAACUUAUCUGAGUCGCUACUUAGACCUCCUCUCCAACUUUGUCUCUAUCUACAACACCACCAUGAAAAUUUUCUUCAUAGUUGCAUCAGCAGCAACAGUCUACCUAAUAUUUGUGAAGUUUAAAUCCACAUAUGACAGGAACCAUGACAGCCUCAGGGUAGAGCUACUUCUGCUGCCAGCUGCUGCCCUCGCUCUGAUCAUAAACCAUGAAUUAACUGUCAUGGAGGUCUGCUGGACGUUCAGCAUCUACCUGGAGGCGGUCGCCAUCCUGCCGCAACUCUUCAUGAUCUCAAAGACGGGCGAAGCAGAGACCAUCACCAGCCACUACCUGUUUGCACUGGGGGCAUACCGGGGACUGUACAUCCUCAACUGGAUCUACCGGUAUUACUACGAGAACUUCAGCGACCCGAUCGCCAUCGUGGCGGGCGUGGUACAGACGGUGCUGUACGCCGACUUCCUCUACCUUUACGUGACCAAAGAUGACUUUAUAAAGGACGCUGCCACCAUCGAAGCGGCCAAAUUGUUGCCCGAGGAGGAUUUCACGACGGAAAUGGACGAUGACAAGGGCCGUGUGGCGGUGUCGGGGGUGGCUUUCUGAGGGGCAAGCGACUGGUGAUGCCGGUUUGAGUGGCCGCCGAUGCAGAUGCCGAUGCCGCCGCCACUGGAUCUUCGUCCCCUUGCCUGCUCGUUCCACCCUGAUAAAACAUCUUCGAAGUGCCGACGGCGCAGGACGGGUGGUGCUGAUCCAGCGCCGCCCCGCGGGCUCCUGGCGGCGAAUCUCUGUCAGAGGCGGGACUGGCCGAUGUAGUGUUUGCCAGAGGCGGUACGCGCGGUGUGGUCGGCGAUGAGUGACGGCUGCUGCGGUCGCCAGGGCCGGCCAGCGGGUGUCGAUGCGUGACGCGCCGUGUGCGGCGGUCUCACCAGCCCAACCGGCGCGAGUUGUUUACUUUUAUACAGGUGGAGUGACGGCGUUUGCCGUAUUCAGACCAAUGUGAUAGCGCAGGUGACAAUGGUAGGGGCCUGGCCUCGGAAAUGUGAAGCAUUCGCUGUCCGUUCGGCGUGGCUUUGUGUCGGGCGCAGUCUGUUUCGGGGCACGGGAGUGGCUGUUCACUGUUGGCUUGAAGCUGUAAGGUUUAUCGUGGCAUGGUAGCGUUGUGCGGCGGGACGAGGAUUAAAAGCUGUUUACAUAUGUGCCCGUGCCAACUGAUUGACCGUGGAGGCCGCUGGCGACGGGAGCCGAUUGCUGCGUGACAGCGGCGGAUCUCAGAACACGUCGAGAAGUCCAGGCUUCGGAACCGCAUCGCUUCAGCGAUGUCGUCUUCGACUCAACGCACGGGGAGGGGUUGUGAUUCCGACGCGGUGGCAAAUAGCUCUCUUCAGAUUCGUGUUAACUCGGGUGCCCCUGGCUGACUGCACCUGGCCGUCAUGUUUACGGUUAAGUUAAAUCAUCGAGUCUGCGUUUCAUCCAGUCUGUGCGAGGCCAAAUUCAGAAUCUGACUCUGCUGGGUUUUUAAAGGCUACUCCACGUGCACUUGAUCAAAAAUUGUUAUCAAAUGCCUCUUAGGUCUUUACAAUUGGCAUUGCAUUUCUUCGAGCGCAAAAGUGUUGUGCAAAUAUCAUUAUUGUAGGUCUGUACAAAAUUUCUUCCUCUUAUCUUUGUACGCGAGCUUUCUUAUCACAAAACCCCAUAUGCAACUUUUCUCUCUCAAAUGUUCGUGUUCGCAAAACUUCGCGUGCACAGUUUUUCAUAGACAUUUUUGUUUGUGUCGUUUUUCCUCGUGAUGCGUUUCUCCAUACAGGCGUCCUCCGCUUGUCCCAUGGAAUAGGAAAGCUCACCCUGGCCUCGCACGACGAAAUAUGAUGCAAAAUUACGUCCUGGAACCACUAAACUGAAUUAUUGU